AUGACCUCAACGUCACAGUCUAGGAACCGCUCCCUCUCCCGAUCCUCCUCCUCCUCUGGCUCCUCCUCCAGCAUGGCCGUCGACUCGGCAUACGGCUCGUCGUACACAACGCAGGCCUCGUCCUCGCGCAACUUUGCCUCCUCCUCCAAGUCCGACGCUGGUUAUAAGCCUGUGCUCACCACCAAGACCAUCAACCCGCACGUGCUCGAGGCCGAGUAUGCUGUCCGUGGCGAGAUUUCGAAUCGUGCCAACAAGUACGCCGCCCAGAUCGCAGAGGGCAAUGCGGACCUCCCCUUCUCUUCGGUCGUCACUGCCAAUAUCGGCAACCCGCAGCAGCAGCCUUACCUCGCACAGAAGCCCUUGACCUUCUGGCGUCAGGUGGCUGCCUUGACCGAAUACCCAGAGCUCAUGGACCAGCCUGGCGUCGACAAGAUGUUCCCCAAGGACACGCAGGAGCGCGCCAAGCUCUUGCUCCAAGACAUUGGCAGCGUCGGCGCCUACUCGCACUCCAAGGGCGCCUCGAUCGUCCGCAAGCACGUCGCCGAGUUCAUCGAGCAGCGUGAUGGCUACCCAUCGGAUCCCGAGCUCAUCUACCUCACCGCUGGUGCCAGUGGCGGAGUCCAGCUGUUGCUGCAGGUGCUCAUCGCCGGUCCCGAUUCGGGCGUUAUGAUCCCCAUCCCGCAGUAUCCGCUCUACAGUGCCGCCCUUGCGCUGUACAACGCCCAACCUGUGCGAUACGACCUCAACCCAUUCGACGACUGGUCGCUCGACGUCGACUCCAUGUCGCGCUCCAUCGACGAGGCCCGUUCCAACGGCGUCGACGUUCGUGCCUGUGCGGUCAUUAACCCGGGCAACCCCACCGGCCAGUGUCUCUCCUACGAAAACAUCCAGGACCUCAUCCGCAUGGCCUACACCAAACGCGUCGUUCUCCUCGCAGACGAGGUCUACCAGGCCAACAUCUACCAACCCGACACUCGACCCUUCCACUCGUUUAAAAAGGUGCUGAUGGACUUUUCCAAGUCGAACGAUGCUGCGGAGCGGGAGAUCGCGUCGAGCGUCGAGCUGGUUUCGUACCACAGCAUCUCCAAGGGUGUUUCUGGCGAGUGCGGGCGUCGUGGUGGCUACUUCGAGUUGACCAACAUGGACCCGGAUGUCGAGGCGCAGAUCUACAAGCUCGCCUCGAUCUCCCUUUGCCCCUCGUUGCAAGGGCAGAUUGGAGUGGACAUGCUGGUCAAGCCGCCUACGGAAGGAUCGCCCUCGUACGAGCUGUACAAGCAGGAGACCGAGGCGAUUCACGAGACGCUCCAGACGCGAUCGGAACGCAUGGCGAGCAAGUUCGCCGAGCUCCCCGGUGUCGAAGUCGAACCUGCUCAGGGAGCUCUGUAUCUGUUCCCCCGUGUGACACUGCCCAAGAAGGCCCACGAGGCGGCCAAGGAGAAGGGCAAGAAGGUCGACGAGUUUUACUGUUUGGAGAUGCUCGAUGCGACCGGAAUCUGCGUCGUCCCCGGAAGCGGGUUCGGUAAAAUGCCAGAGAAGGACACGGGUGCGUGUUUCUUCCGAACCACAGUGCUCGCCAAGGAGACCGACGAGUUCAUCGAGAGGUAUGGCAAGUUCCACAACGAGUUCCUCAAAAAGUACGAGUAG